AUGGUCUUCCAGGGCACCUUGCAGUCAUGGGCAAAUAUGGAAGAAACUCAAUCCUUCUUUGAGACGCCGUUUGACUUUCUGGUUGAUGGCUUCAAGGCUACCUCAUCCUCGAUAUUCUGGUUUAGACUUUUCAAACAUGAAGUGACUGCCAUUUCCGGAAGUGCAGCACGGAAUGUGUUCUUUCAAGAGAGGACUCUGAACCUGUAUGAAGGGUUUCAGGUUCUUAUAGGUACCAUCCCUACUGAUCUCGAUCCCCACGUCCUCAGUGGGAUCUAUAAGCGCUUGAAUAUCAUUCAGAAGCCCGAAAGCUUGGCAUCAAAAGUCUUCAGCAAGCAUGUUACCUUCCGAAUGAUCAUCCGGGCAGUCUCCUCACACGAUAUAGCUGAAAACGACGCCAUGGUAUCCCGUCUGAAGUACUUCUACGAUAUUAUCGACUCCCCCGGCAAGCCAAUGUUAGGUCCAUUGUCAUGGAUACCAGGAUUUGCUAUGGCCCAGAAGCUUUGGGCAUCCACGAGCGUCUACCGGAUUUUUAAUAAUGCUGUUCAUGAAAGGAAAUAUGCUAAAAUCAAGAGGGAUGAUACACUACAACAACUUCUUGAUGCGAGAGAAAGUUGGCAGUGCAUAGUAGGGUUCAUGAUGGGACUCCCAAUAGCAGGAGCACGUUCGACUGGAACUAUCGGAUCGUGGGUCUUGAUAUUCUUGUCUUACGAAGAGCACUGGUACUUGACUGUUCGAAAGGAGGUUCAAGCCCUCAUCUCAAUGUACGAGCCUACUACUACUACAACAACAGAAUCUUUCUCCGGGGAAUCUAUCUUCCAUUCUCUUUCAGCUAUUCCUCUAGAAGGCUGGGAAUCUCUGACACCACAACUUGACCUGUGCAUACGCGAAACGCUCCGAAGAGCGCAGCCACAUACCGCAGUACGAAGGAAUACAGGCCCCGAACUUACCAUCGCCGACUAUGAAAUCCCCUCCGGCGCAUUUGUCGUUUACCCCUUUUCGGAUACUCUGCUCAACCCUGCAACUUACCCUAAUCCCCUGAAGUGGGAUCCCGCACGGCAUAGCUCAACCUCACAAGAGAACUUUAUCGGCUGGGGUGGGGGAAAGCAUAUGUGCAAGGGCCAACGUCUUGCAAAGUUGACUAUGAAGCUUGUCGUGGCAUACACGUUGAUGAGGUUUGAUUUGGCUGCUGUUGAUGGGAGGGAAGUUAGGGCUGAACCGAUCCCGGACUGGAAUGACUUUCUGACUUGCAGACCGCAGGAGGGAUGCAGUAUCAAUUUUUCAGAGCGGAGAGGUUGGAACGAUUAA